CCCGAGGACCCGGCAUACUACGUAGGACGCAUAACUCUUGACUGUAUGUAUUUGACACUCUGACUCUUGACAAAACGACACCCUGCAAGCUUGUAACACUUUGUUUCUCAGCAAGCUGGGAGUGCAAGUACUAUAUUACUCGUGAAUUGCACCUAUUGAAUUUUGUAAUCGUGACGAACCUGUCUGUGUUGGUUUGCUUGUAAUACUGCCGCAUGCCGCGUUGCUCUCGCCCGCGGCAACACACGGGCGCCUCGGGCGCUAUGAACUUGUAACUGUGGCGCAUUUUGCCUAAGGACUCGGUGGAGCUCCGGCACUGGCGCUGAAGCAGCUCAAUGGCCGCUGUGGCAGAGGGUGACGACGUGUACUACUCUCAUAUGCUCACCAAGCUAUUCAGGGUGGACGUGGAGCGCGCUAGCAGCGAUGCGCAGGCACGGCAGAGGGCACUUGCACGGGCGGCGUCAGCACACAGCGCGAGGGGUGUGGGGCGGGAGCCGUCGGCCUUCACUGGCGGCCUGCAGGUACACGGAGCCGCCUUUACAUCCCUCGGAUCUACUUCAACCCUAGGAGGCAGCCCCGGGCCCGGUGCCAGCAGCAGCAUCACACUCCGCGGCCCCAACUACCACAAACAACGGCCGUCGCAUCCCCACCAGCAGCCGGCGAAGCUGCUGUCGUCACAGCAGCAGCGCGGCUCUGCAGCAUCAAACUACAACCACCAACCGCCAUCGUACGCAAACAUCCCAGCCAGUUUCAUGCGGUCACCGCGCUCCACGCCCACUACCCCGCGUCAGCGGCCCCACAGCAGCCCCGUCCGCCGCCCCGGCGGCUCCCCAGCCGGACCGGAUGCAGCUACAGCCGCUGCUUCAACUGCUGCUGCUGCUGCUGCUGCUGCUGCUGCUGCUGCUGCUGCUGCUGCUGCUGCUACAGCUGGACAGGCGUCGCCGCGCAUCCACAGCGCGCGCCCGCCCGUGUCGAGUGCAUGGGGUCCUGGCAGUGCGUCGGGUUGGGCCGCGCUCUCUGCCUUUGACAACACGUCAGCCAAUGGUGCCGGAGGCGGCGGCGGCGGCAGUAGCAGCGGCAGUGGGCCCCCGCUGAGCGCCCGUAGCCGGCGAGUGAACUCAGCCUAUGUCGCGCGGCCACAGAGCUGCUCGGCGGGCUCAGGCGCUGCCGCCCCGGCGGCAGCAGCAACGGAGCAGCAGAUGCAGCGAUUCCAACUACAGCAGCAGCGAUACCUGGCGGCGGCAGUAGCAUUGGGGCUGGACGGGCACGUCACGGCCACGGUGGGGCCGGGUGGGGCCACAGGCCCCAUCACACCAACAGCAGCAGCUGCUACAGCCAACGGCGGCGGCGCGGCGGGCGACGAGGCUGUAGCAGCCGUGGCAGCAGCUGCAGCGGUGGCGGCAGUAGCCGCAGUUGCUGCCGGGGUGCCCGGCAGCCCUCGCAUGAGCUCUUUCAGCAGCAGCAGCCCAGGCGGCGGGGUUGGCAUGCCAGGGGGUGGCGGCGCGGCGGGGCACAGCAAUUUGUCGUACCGACCCCUUGGCAACCCCGCGGCAGAGCCGGCGGCGGCGGCGGCGGCGCGGCUGGGGCGCCUGGUCGCAGCCAUCGGCGCCCGCCACGGCGCCGGCAACAUCGCUGUUGCGGGCUCAGGCACUGGCUCAGAUAGCCCGCGUGCAUCGGCCCGUGUGUCGGGGAGCUUGCUGCUUUCCACCCGCAGCCCCCGGGUUCACGAGCACCAGCACUACCACCAGCAGCAGCAGCACCACCGGACGCAUCAGGCGUUCGCACACCUCCCACUAGGGGUGGCGGAGCCGGCGCCGUGGGCGCCCGCCGGCGGUGACGCCGAGGACACGGAGGCAGGGGAGGCAUCAUCGGACCUGGGGUCGCGCGAGGUGACAGCGUCCGGCGGCAUCGUGCCUACUCCUGGGGCGUUCGCUGGCGGCGGCAGCUCUGCCUUUGCUGCGGGCUCGGGCGCCCUCGCGGCAGCGGUGGCCGCCGCCUCUGCCCGGUCUCGCUCUGCGUCCCUAGCCACUCCUUCUGGAGCCAGCCCUCGGCCCAUGACCGCACCCGCAGGCCCUGCAGACGCCAGCCCGGGCCGGGGCCGGUCUGGCAGCUCAGGCCGGCUGGAGCCCGGCAGCCCGCCCGGCGGUGGGCUCGGCGGCGCGCCCCCCUCCUCACCAUUCGCACCGCCACAGCAACUGUACUUGGCAGCGAAAAAGGAGGAAGAGGCGGCGGCCGCCGCGGCGCUUGCCGCGACGCGUGCCGCCAACUCGCCGUUUGCCGCGGACGGUGUCAACGGCAGCCAGUGGCAGCAGAUCCGGCAGUCGCAGCAGCUGGCGGGGCUUUCAUCUUCCAGCUUGGUCCCCCGGCUUGACUUCUCGCGGCUCCGCGUAAACGGAUCGACAGGGAGCCCCGCCGGCGGGCUGGACGGCAGCGGCCAAAUCUCGGGCGUCGUGUCGUACGACCCAGAUGCGGAUGUGUCGUACGGCGGCACCGUACACGCGGACGGUACGGCAGCAGGCCCCCGCGGCAGUCUGGCGCUGGGCUCGCCGAGUGUACGGCAGCUCAAGUGGGCGGUGGACCACGGGCGGCAGCAGGGAGAAGGGGAGGGGGAAGCCGGGGGUGGUGGAGGCGAGGAAGGCGCCGGCGCGCACGGCAGCCCGCGGCGGCAGGGCAGCGGCUUGGGUACGGACGACAGCGGCACGGACGACGGCGAGGGGGGCGGCUCGCCGCGGGGCGCACGUCAGCUGGGCUCUCCGUCCUCAAGGGCGCUGCUCGCCUCCUCGCCCUCGCGUGCCGGCCUGGGUCGCACCCGCUCCUUCAAAGCAGGGGAAGCCGGACCCGAGGCAGCAGCAGGUGCCGCGGGUGCCUCGGCGGACGGGGAGCCCGAUUCGCCGCUGCGGCGCCUGCUGCGGAGCGGGACGCUGGGGUACGGUGCGGUCACGGGGGAGCCGUCGGCCGCCAACCUGGCGCCCUCGGGGCCGCGGGCCAGCGGGGAGACCAACAAGACUCUGCAGGUGGGCAUCUCGGUGGCGGUGCUGGUGGACCUUGUGAAGCGGCUGGGUCCCAGCCAGCGGCACGCCACCACCGCCGAGGUGUGGGCGCGGUGGCUGGAGCCGCCCACACGCGGCAGCCGCUGCAGAUUCCUGGAUUUGAUAAUGGAGCUAGAGGACAUUGUGCUUGGCGAGCCGCCGGCCCCCGGGUCCGGCGCCGCCACAGCGGGGGGGCGGCCGGUGUUAAAGCCGGAGCGCGUGUGGUGGGGCCAGCCGGACCACUACGUGAUACACGCCUGGAGCGGCAACUUUGCGGCGCUGGUGGCGGCGCUGCGAGAGUUCUGCGCCCUCACCAACAAGGCCACUGCCGCCACGUAUGUAUGGCUCGACUUGAUGGCAGUGAACCACCACCCCGGGAGCCGCGACAAGAAGGAGCUGGCACGAUGCAGGGAGGUGCUUGCCCGCGGAAAGCGCGCGCUGCUGGUGGUGGACGCCGCCGCCGACGUCUUCUGCCGCCUGUGGCCCGCCUACGAGACAUGGCUGGCGGGGCAGGCCACAGCGGGGGCGGCGGCGGGCGGCGGUCCCAGCACCGGCCUGACGCUGCUCAACGCCGGCUGCGACUGGGACACCGCCUUUGACGCCUUCUUCAGGAUCGACAUGGCGCGAGCCGCCACGCGCUACCCCGAGGACCGAGCCAAGAUUGUGGAGGAUAUUGUGAAGGUGGUGCGUGGCUCCAACGAGCACGGCAGUAGCAGCAGCAGGGCCGGCGGCAGUAGCAACCAAGCCAUCGCGGCGGCGCUGCCGCAGGUGAGCGCGGCGGUGCGCGGCGCGGUGGCGGAGGCGGCGGCGGCCGACCUCGGGGAGGCACGGCAGGGCGCCCGCGGCACGGCGGGUAUGCUGUCCCUGUUGGACGCCGUGGAGAGAUACGCGAUGAUCCGCCGUAUCGCCGGGGGCCAGCCGGAAGCGGAGGAACAGCUGGCGGCGGCGGUGGCGGCCGCGAUCCGCGCGUCCGGCGGCGCCGCCGCCCUUGGCAGCCCCGCAGGCGGCGGCGGUGGCAAAGCUGCCGCCACCACCGCCGUCGCUCGCAUCAUGCAGGCCGCCGCCGCUGCAGCUGCGGCUGGUGGCGGCGACGGUGGCGGCGAGGAGGAUGACGAUGAUGGUGACGGCGGCGGGCCACCAGUCCCGCUGGUGUCGGCAAGGGCCCAUGAUGCAGACCAUCAUGCCGCGCCGCUGCCUGUGGCGCCGCCGCUCGUGCCGCUCUCACCUGCUGGAGGCGGGGCUCUCGCUAGCGGUGGUAGGGCUUCCGGCGCGGCAGCUGGCGGCGGAGGCGGCGGUGGCGGCACACCCUCUUCAGCGGUGUGGCGGCGCAAGCCCGCGACGCUGGCGGCCUUGGCACUGCUGCAGGUUGAGCACGGCAAGCUGGUCCCCGCCAUGACGCACGCGGCCAUGGCGUUGUCGUGUGUGCACGGCCUCAGCCUGGUGCGACCUCAGGAGCAGUCGCAAGACCACGAACACGACCAGGAGCCUCACAGCAACAAGGACCGCGGCGGCAGGAGAUCCGGCGUCCGCGGCGGCUCUGGAACCGGCGAGCACAGUAGCCACGGCGGGCUAAAAGGGGGAAAGCACGACGCGGCGGCUAAGCCGCUGCACCCGCCGCCCAUUGCUCCGGGCGUGGUGGCAUGGCGCGGCGCGCACUGGGAGCUGGCGAAUGCGGCGGCUGUGGGGCCCGGCGCGGCGCGGGCGAUGGUCAUGGUGGCAGGCGUGGAGGCGGCCGUGGGGCGGCCAGAGGCGGCGGCGCAACUGGCUCUGGCGGCAGCGCAGGCGCGUUCGGUGUCCCUUGGCCACUCCCAUCCCGCCACGCUGGCCGUCAAGCGUGUGGCUGUCACCUACCUGCUCAAGGCGGAGCGGGUGGCGGACGCACAGCUGCUGGCUCAAAACAUGUUGCGGGAGGCGGUGGCUGCACACGGCGAGGCCCAUCCGCUGGUGGGGUCCGCACACGGCGCCAUUGCCGAGGUGCUGUCCGCUCAGAAUCGUCCCGAGCAGGCCUACGCCAGUGCGCAGCGGGCCGCCGAGGUGGCUGCCGCCGCUCUGGGCCGCGCGCACCCCGCCACCCUAGACGCGUUGCAGCUGUGUGUAGACGUGCUGGAGAGCGCGCAGGAGUACUCCAAGGCUGUGGCGCUAAUGCGGCUGGUGGUAGAGGGCCGCGGAGCGCCGGGCGCCCUGCGCGCCUCGCCCUCCUCGCCCGGCUUCCUAAUGCCCAAUGCUCGGCUGCUGCACCUGCGUAGCACAGUCAUGCUGGAGGAGAAGGCGGCUGCUGAAGAAAACCCAAAGCUUGGCCGGCUGGGACUAGCGGGUCUCCUCCGAGACAUGGCCAAAUUGGAGGCGGAGCUCAAGGCGGCGUUGCUGGCGGUGGGGAACGCCGUGCCCCUGGUCAAGAAGGACUUGGAGAUGAUCCUUCUGGCCCAGAACAAGCGAUACGAGGCAGCCCUGCUGCUCAAGGGCGAGUUGCCGUUGACGCGCCAGCAGGCGGAGGAGGCGGCGGCGCCGCGGCCGGGCACGGCAGCGGGCGGCACUGCUGGCGGGGGGAGAGGCGGGGGGAGAGGGGGCGGCGGAGCCGCAGGGGUGUCCGCGGGACGCGUUGGCUCGAGCAGGGGGGCGGCGGUGGGCACACCGCGCGGCGGCGUGCGCUCUGCUAGGUAGGGGCAGAGGCCGUUGGCGCGGUUGUGAAGGUUGGAUUGGAUAAUUUGGAUUUCCGCUGGUUGAGGAGGAAUACUGGUCCCCUGUGGCCUGUGGACAAAAGGAUUGGUUUGCGCAUAUGUAGAUCGAAUACCA